AUGGUUGUGAUUUUAGCUCCAUUAUUGCUCUUGAAGAUGGGAACUGGUGAGUGUGGCGGAAUUGCUAACUCAGAGAAUUAUUCAAACACAGCGGGUGAUCAGCACGGGGGUCAAGACGUCGAUUCAUCGGUAGGAGAUGGUGAUUUGGGCACUACAACACACAAGGAUAAGAUGUAUGGUGCAGAAAUAAACAACAUGGAAACGAGUGAAGAUCGAGUGUACGGUUGCCAGGCUGCCGACCAAAAGUUUUGCAGUAUUAUUGGAGGACGCGAAUUGCUCGAUCACGAGUACGUGGACGAACCGAUUCAAGCAUCUUUACAACCAAAGAACAAAAAAACAGAAGAAGAUGUUCAAACCAACGACAUGAUUUAUAACCCGCCAUAUCAAGUAUCUGCUAAUUACACAGAAAAUCAAAGCUUAAUUCGUGAUGGUGCUGGUUUACCUGAACAAUUAGGUAGCUGUCGCAAAACAACAGGUCAAAUUACCAUCGAGGAGAUGAAUGGCUGGAGUUCUGCGCUUGAAGCCAUGCCUUGCAGCGAAGGAGCAUUGAGCGAACAUACCAAUCUUGGCAAAGCGUCUUUUAAGAGCUCAACAAGUGAAGUGAGCAAUCUUUUGGGAAAGGAUAACGAUGCACAUGUCCAAGAACAUUCUGAGGAACUCAAAAAACAUACUUACUCGUCUCCCAGUGCUAGUGAUUCAGAGUGCAAUCCAAAUAUAACGGUAUACAGCCCAAUAUACCCUAAAUUACCAUUACUGGAAAAUGAAUUUGCAGUCGAUACUUAUCUUUGGUACGAUGACCAGGCUAAUACGAUUGAUAAUAAUUUUUCUGUGCAAUUUACGACCUGGAAAGAAUCUCAGUCCAAUGGUUACAGCAAUGUGCUUGAACCGUUUAACGGGGUUGUUGUGACCGAAGUACUGCCAGAGUUGCAUGUAAGUGCUGAAUGUACAGACACGCGUACUUCACUGAGUGAUCGCGGUUCGCAGUCGAACGAUGGAAAUGGUGCACAUAGCAGUGAAAUACACCAAUCAGAGGGCAUGCAAUCUUUAUUGGCCGAGCCCUACGAUGCUACCACCUCAGAUAACCAUUCCACAAGCACCGGUGUAAAGAACAAUGAGCGAAAAAACAUCGUGGCGAACACAAAAGUUAAAAACAUGGUGAAGAAAAAAACGUAUUCGAACCAAAAAAUAAUUUUGGUUCUGUUCGUUAUUCUGGUUCUGUGUGUGUGUAUCGUAGCUUUCAUAGUUGUUAAAUUAUUUUUACAUACUUUGAGAAUGAAGUGA